GUGGUGUCGCUGCAAUAUCGCGCGUGUGCGCAAGUGACGUAAAGUGACUGGGAAAUGUAGUCUUUAACAAGAAACGCAAGCCGGUUGUAUUUUUGAGUACUUUCCCUGAACUGUGGAAUUUUAGGAUAAAGAUUAUUGAAUGAUAACAGAGAGCGAGUAGAACACUUUUGGAAAUAUAUUUAUGCCUUUCGACAACUGCUUGUCGACGUAUCACAUUAAAUGUCACGGGGGUUUUGUUUGUCUUCCAUCUGGGAAGUUGAGGCCGAAACCAGAGUCGCGUGAUUCUGGCGUGUUGUUGAAGGGUGAAACCAUAAACCAAAAGUGCGGAGAGGGUCCAAACGAUGCCGACUGGAAUGAAUUAAAAUAACGUUUCUCGGUGCAGUAGCUCAGAAGCACUUCCUGAAGAAAAUGAGGCUGUUGAGUUGCCUGUUUUAUCAAAUCCAACUGCAUUAGGAUGAUCAGAGUUCAGGAUCAGGAGGAAUUUAUUACGGUGCGAGUACAAGAUCCCAGAGUACAGAAUAAAUGCUCCUGGAAUGCCUAUGUUGAUUUUAAAAUAUUUCUUCAUACUAAUAGCAAAGCAUUCACUGCAAAGACGUCUUGUGUUCGGAGAAGAUACAGUGAAUUUGUCUGGUUGAAGAAGAAACUACAGAAGAAUGCAGGUUUGGUACCUGUGCCAGAACUUCCAGUUAAAACACCAUUUUUCACGCUUGACAAUGAAGAGUUCAUAGAGAAUAGACGUAAAGGCUUACAGCAAUUCUUGGAAAGGGUACUGAAGAUGACUGUAUUGUUGUCGGACAGCCAUUUACAUCUUUUCCUGCAAACGCAGCUAUCCGUUACGGUGAUCGAUCAGUGUGUGCAGGGUUGUGGCCCGCACAGCGUGACAGGUGCUAUCCUUGCUUAUGCUUCGUCCAAUCUGGGCUGGGUGCAGGAGGAAGGAGCAGGAGACGAAAGCUGAGUUGGCCUGGCAGCACAUGGCUCAGAAGCCUCUUUGAGUCCUUUGUGAAUCGACUUGGACGGCAGCUCGCUGGAAACGGACGAUUGGAUUGGAGCGGCCAGCCUGCAAGAGCGCUUCUUGGAUGACACAAACGGAGGUGUUAGCAGAUGAGGAGAAUGUCGGACUAUUUUCUUUUCUUAUUUAUUGUAAAAGAAUUGCAAUUAAACAUAAUAUAUAAAUAAUGGAGUCAAAUUCCAUACACUGUGCAGAAUACUUUAUAGAUUUAAAAGUUUUAAAAUUGAAAACGCUUUAUUGCACCAGUUUCUAGUUUUAGUGGUUUGUUUGUUUUUUUUUAAAUAUUACAAAUGUUUUACUUUACACCAAUACCGUAAAACUUGAAGGAUGUAAUUUUUAUUUUUUAUGCUUGGAGUACAUAUUAAUUAUUAGUAUCCAUAUUGAUUAAACACUAAUUUCCUAAUGCAAUUUUAGAAGUGAUUUAUCACUGAGCCCAAAUGGCAGCAGCUACUGUAUUUCAUGAUUGGGAAGUUCUAUCAGUCAUUUGUUUUUACAAGUUCAAAAUUUUGGAAACUUGGGGG